AUGCUCGGAACAUUCAGAGUCAGGCUUAGGAAAAGAGAACUAGGUAUCGGUCACGGUAAACCUGGCACAAAGCUCAACAAAUUGAGAGAACCUCCACCAUCCCCUGACCUUCCCAGAUUACCCAGCGAGCUUCCAUCAACUGCCUAUUGCACUGCUAGUGGUAUGUCGGCGAUAUCAUCCGUGUUACUGCAGCUUUGCAACGCUGGUGGGCAUGUGGUGGCAGCGAAGACUCUCUAUGGUGAAAGUCACGCCUUGUUAACCCAUUUCUUACCACAGAAAUGCAACAUAACAACAACGUUUGUGGACAUUGUUGAUCUUGAGGAGGUUGAGAAAGCAAUGAUCGAAGGAAAGACCAGUGUGUUGUACUUUGAAUCCAUCUCGAACCCAACUUUGAUUGUCGCAAACAUCCCUGAAUUGAGCAAAAUAGCACAUGCAAAAGGGGUCAAGGUGGUGGUGGACAAUACUUUUGCUCCAAUGAUUCUCUCCCCUGCAAAGCUUGGGGCAGAUGUGAUUGUGCAUAGCAUCUCCAAGUAUAUUAGUGGUGAAGCGGAUAUUAUCGCAGGUGCGGUUUGUGGGCCUGCUGAUAUAGUGGACCAAAUGAGAGACCUUCACAGAGGGCCUUUGAUGUUUCUUGGCCCAACAAUGAAUCCCAAGCUAGCCUUCGAGAUAUCAGGGAGAAUCCCUCACCUGAGCAUGAGGAUGAAGAAACAUUGCAAACGAGCAAUGAAGUAUGUCACCAAGAUGAAGGAACUGGACCCUAACCUAGAUGUCUUGUACCCCGGGCUUAAAGAGCAUCCACAGCACAGUCUCUUGAAGUCCAUGUCCAAUAAGGAUUAUGGGUUCGGUGGGGUUUUCUGCAUUGACAUGAAAACUGAAGGAAGGGCCUGUCGCUUGAUGGACAAAUUGCAAAACAGCACCAAAUUUGGGUUCAUGGGCGUUAGCUUGGGCUAUUAUGAGACCCUCAUGACUUGCUCUUCCAGGAGCACUAAUAGUAUGAUGGACACCAAGGAAAAGGAAAGCGCCGGCAUUUCACCAGGGCUGGUAAGAUUUUCCGUGGGAUACGUUGGGACUUUUGAGCAGAAAUGGAGCCAAUUCACCGAGGCAUAUUCAGAAAUGUAAUUCUGGGUUUUUUCCGGCAAGCUCAGACCCUCGGUUUCGAUCUAUCUUGCGAAAAUUAAACAAUCACUCUCAUGUUUAUGCCUGCCUUGCAUAUUAUAGCAUCUCAGAUCUUAUGAGA